UUGUGGAGGUACAAUGUUUGUAUUUCGUAUUUGUAUUUUUGUCAUAGGAUCGAUUUUCUUGUUCCUACUGAUUGACGCCAAAAGAAUAAAGCCAUUUAAGGUUAUUCACGGCAGUCAUAGUGAAACAACACAUCCCUCGCAAAACAGAACCGGGGACCUCGUUCCUAGCAAAGCUACAAACCAAACUGUAACUCCAAUUACAAACUCAACGGAAACAGAUGAAAACAACACUUCGAACCAGUCGAGGAAUGCAACACAAUCUCAUCUUAUGGACAAAACUACUCAUUCAUUUGGAGUACCAUUGGUUGGUUUGUUCACUCUAAUAAUUAUAAUGGUGUUGGUUAUCCUACUAGUGGCCUUUCGUACGAAGUUAAAAACUUUUUGUAGAAAUUCACAGAACCAGGAACAUGAUAUUAAGGAAAUGGACACCACGGUAUCGCCACUGAUGAUUGAUGAUGGAUGAUAGAAAAGGCCAGAAUAUUAGUUAGGGAAAGUGAUACCAAAUCAACGCAUUCCUGAAAUGAAAUUACUGGUCAUGGAGAUCAACCUCCAAAUUACAACUUACAAAAUUGUUAGAAUAUGUUUAUUUAACAAUUUCAAUGGGUGAUCAUGGUUGUAUAUGUAACAUUUAGAAACUGUAAACAAAUUCAACAAAAAACUUUUUUUUUGUUGCUAAAAGCUAUAUUUACUUUAUAUAGGCCAAGUAUUUUAUCUAAACAUUGUAUUUGAUUUUU